UUUCACCCCUCACCUAAACACAAAGAUUUGUGAUUGUUGGAGACAGUACUCUAACAAUGGAGAAAGGUGUUAGUUUCCUAGUAACUGUGGCCCUCAUGGCAUUGGCUUCAUCUUUUGCCUCUGCCUCUGAUCCAAGCCCCCUGCAGGACACUUGUGUUGCCAUUGAUGAACCCAAGAAUGCUGUGUUUGUAAAUGGAAAGUUCUGCAAGAACCCAAACCUGACCGUCGCCGAGGAUUUCUUCUCUAAAGGGCUGAAUAUUCCAGGAAACACAUCAAAUCUAGUGGGCUCAAGUGUCACUACAGUAAAUGUUGAUGUGAUACCAGGACUGAACACUCUUGGGAUAUCACUGGUUCGUAUCGAUUAUGCACCCUAUGGUCAAAACCCUCCUCACACUCACCCUCGUGCCACUGAGAUCCUCACUGUCUUGGAGGGAACUCUCUUAGUUGGCUUUGUCACAUCCAACCCUCAAAACCGCCUCUUUAGCAAAGUCCUCAACAAGGGUGAUGUUUUUGUGUUCCCUAUUGGUCUCAUUCACUUCCAAUUCAAUAUUGGGCACAUGAAUGCAGUAGCCAUUGCUGGUCUGAGCAGCCAAAAUCCAGGUGUAAUCACCAUAGCCAAUGCAGUGUUUGGAUCAAAUCCACCAAUCAAUCCUGAUUUCCUGGCAAAGGCCUUCCAGUUGGACAAGAAGGUGGUUGAAUUCCUUCAAGCACGAUUCUAGUGGGGAAAUAGAGAAAAUGAAGAAGCUAUGAACCUUUGAUUUGCUUGCUUGAAUGACUAUUUGUGAUGUUCAUUUACCUCGUUACAAUUAUCCUAGAAUAAGAGGGUUUAUUACUUUCUUUUGUAGCUCUUGUGUUGUGGACUUUGGUCCUAAUAUUAAAAUAAAGCAGUUUGUCUGUUAGGCAUCUUCUUCUC